AUGGCAUCGGCAACACCAUCCUCCAGCAGCCGCGCGGGCGGUGCCGUGCGGCCCGCCGACGACGACUCGGCUUCCUACCACAGCGACUCGUCGUUCGACUCGCACGACGACCAGGACUGGGCAGACUGGGUCGAGGACCAGCCCCCCGCACUCGCCCUCUUCCCCGACCAGGACGGCUCCUACCCCACCCUCCCCUCGGCCCUCGCCGCCAUCCAGGACGGCGCACAAAAGGGCUGCGACGUGCGCAACGUCGUACGCACCCUCGACCUCGACACCCUUGGCGCCAUCCGCCUCGUCAACCGCAUCCGCAGGCUCAAACUCGCCCCCUCCGACGUCAACGCACUUACGGGAAACGAGGACUGGUGGCAGGGCGAGCAGGAGCUCAAGCCCGUAGACGGCGGCGACGAGGACCCGCUCCUCCAGUUCGACUUUGACGGCGAGCAGUUCGGCGAUGACGGCCACGGCCACCUCGACCGCGCUUCGACGGCUGCGGCACCCACGGCCGCUGCCGCCGGCGGGGCUGCAUCCGAGCAAAUCGAGCAGCUCCAGCACGAGCUCGAAGCCACCAGGGCCACGCUGCGCGAGGUCCAGUCGCGCCUACUCGCCACCAUGGGCGUGUCCUCGUCUUCGCUCGACUCGGACCGCCGCGGGCCCGUGGCCGGGCUCAAGCCCACCGCCAAGCUGGCCAAGCUGACUCCGGGCGGCAAAGAGGGGCGCGACGACGACUCCCACUACUUUGACUCGUACGCCAGCAACGACAUCCACCAGACCAUGAUCUCGGACCGCGCCCGCACCCUCUCGUACGCCCGCUUCCUCCUCUCGCCCGCCAACUCGCACCUCAUCCGCGGCAAGACGGUCAUGGACGUCGGCUGCGGCUCGGGCAUCCUCUCGCUCUUUUGCGCCCGCGCCGGAGCCAAGCGCGUCGUGGCCAUCGACGCCUCCAACGUCGCCAAGCGCGCCCGCGCCAACGUCGAGGAAAACGGCUUCGGCCACGUCGUCACCGUCGUCCAGGGCAAGGUCGAGGACCUCGACGACGAGCUGGCCCAGUACGCCGCCGGCGUCGACCUGCUCGUGUCCGAGUGGAUGGGCUACUUUUUGCUCUACGAGUGCAUGCUCCCCUCGGUCCUCUACGCCCGCGACCGCUACCUGGCGCCCACGGGCAUCCUCGCCCCGAGCCACUGCCGCAUGACGCUCGCCGCCGUGUCGGACCAGGAGCUGCUCCACGAGCGCAUCCACUUUUGGAACGACGUGCACGGAUUCAGGAUGUCGGAGAUGCAAAAGGGCCUCUACGACGAGGCGUACACCGAGGAGCUCAAAAACGACGCCGUCGUCUCGGACGUGUGCGACAUCUACGAUCUACCGCUGCAAGUGCUGAGCUACCGCCAACCGACCUUCACGUCGCCGUUUACGCUGACGAUCAAGGAGGAGGAGACGACGAUCCACGCGCUGGCAUCGUGGUUCGACACGUGGUUCACGCCCGAUUCCAAGCCGUGGCCGCGUUCCGCCCAGACGGGGGAGGAGGAGAAGCGGGAUACGGUGGGUGGCGAACGGCUGCAGGGUCUGGGUGCCUGCACCGUCGAGGCACCGACCGAAUCGGACGUAUACGGUCUCGACCUGCAGGGUUCCGCCGUUACCGCACCACCACCACCACCACCGGAGCAGGAGGGAGCCAAGGGGGAGGUGGUCAGUUUCACCACGGGCCCCCACGGCCUCAUGACGCACUGGAAGCAGACAGUCUUCCUGCUCAAACAACCCAUCCAGGCCUCGAGGGGCGAUACCAUCACCGGGUCCAUCCAGGUCAUCCAGUCCGCCGACAACUCGCGCGAACUCGAAGUCGAACUCCACUACGAGGUGCGUCCCGCCUCCCUCGGCCCCGUUCGAACCAAGGGUGAGGGCGUGGGCACCCGCCUCGUCCAGCUCUACAAGGUCCGCUAG